ACCGAGAGGAAAACGUGAGAGCUGAAGAAAGGGCGAAAAGAAAAUGUUGAAAUCAAAGACUUUUGUGAAGAAGACACGCUCAGGCGGAAUUUUAAAAAUUGUCAGAGAACAUUACUUGAGGGAUGAUAUUACCUGUGGUUGCCAGGGCUGUGAAGAGUGUCAACAGGAGAACCCAGUCCUGCGUCAGGAAACCAUUCUGCAAAGUUCUCUUUGUGAAAAUUCCCACUAUAUAUUGCCUGACACUAAUGUGUUGCUUCAUCAGGUUGACAUCCUUGAAGACCCAGUCAUUCAGAAUGUGAUCUUACUGCAGACAGUACUCCAGGAAGUGAGGAGUCGCAGUGCUCCAGUAUACAAACGAAUCCGGGAUCUGACUAGUAACCCUGAGAAGUACUUCUAUACAUUCACCAAUGAGCACCAUCGUGAGACCUACAUAGAACAAGAAAAAGGAGAGAAUGCUAAUGAUCGUAACGACAGGGCAAUUCGAACUGCUGCAAAAUGGUACAAUAAGCAUUUAAAGAAAUCGUCAAAAACCAAAAACCUCCAAGUGCUAUUAAUAACAAAUGACCGGAAAAAUAAAGAGAAAGGAGUGGAAGAAGGAAUUGUAGCAUACACCUGUGAAGAAUAUGUAAAAAGUUUGCUUGCUAAUCCUGAACUUGUUGAUCGUCUUGCAAGAGUUACCGAUGAACAGAAUGAGGUGGAAAGUAGUAAAAUUAUCUUUUCGGAGCAUCUUCCUUUAUCUAAGUUACAGCAAGGGAUAAAAUCUGGCAUUUACCUUCAAGGAACAUUCAGAGCAAGCCGGGACAACUUCUUAGAAGGAACCGUUUGGGUCCACAGUGAUUCGGUAGAGCAAAAAGAGAUAAUCUUGCAAGGCUUGCGAAAUUUAAAUAGAGCAAUGCAUGAAGACAUUGUCGCUGUACAGCUCUUGGAAAAAGAGAAUUGGGUGGCUCCAUCCUCUCUGGUCCUCCAAGAUGAAGGUGAAAGUGAAGAUAUUGAAUCCGUAGAGGAAAAAGAAAACAUGCUUACAAAUGUGGAGAAGAGCAAUGCAAAACCAUCCGGAAGAAUAGUAGGCAUCAUAAAAAGGAACUGGAGACCAUAUUGCGGCAUGUUGUCAAAGUCGCAGAUUAAAGAGUCCACUCGCCAUCUCUUCACACCAGCUGACCGGAGGAUACCUCGCAUUCGCAUAGAGACCAGGCAAUCCUCCACUUUGGAGGGACAGAGGAUUAUCGUGGCUAUUGAUGGCUGGCCAAGAAUCUCUCGAUAUCCUAAUGGACAUUUUGUAAAAAGCCUGGGUACAGCUGGGGAUAAGGAGACAGAGACAGAGGUCUUGCUUCUGGAACACGAUGUUCCUCAUCAGCCUUUCUCACAGGCUGUUCUCAGCUUCUUACCCAAGAUGCCUUGGUCCAUUACACCAGAGGACAUGAAGCACAGAAUUGAUCUGAGACAUUUAUGUGUGUGUAGUGUGGAUCCACCUGGCUGUACUGACAUUGACGAUGCACUGCAUUGCAGGGAGCUGGAAAAUGGUAACCUGGAGGUUGGCGUGCAUAUUGCAGAUGUGAGCCAUUUUAUUAGACCCGGCAAUGCUUUGGAUCAGGAAUCUGCAGUUCGGGGUACUACUGUAUACCUGUGUGAUAAGAGAAUUGACAUGGUCCCUGAACUGCUCAGUUCAAAUUUAUGCUCUUUAAGAUCACAAGUGGAUAGGUUAGCUUUUUCAUGCAUUUGGGAAAUGAGUAAUGAUGCCAAAAUUAUUCAUACAACAUAUACUAAAAGUGUUAUCAAUUCAAAAGCUUCCCUUACCUAUGCAGAAGCGCAGAUGAGAAUUGAUUCACCUGACAUGAAUGAUGAGAUUACCAAAAGUCUCCGUCUGCUGAAUAAAUUAGCAAAGAUUUUGAAGAAGCAGAGAAUAGAUAAUGGUGCUUUAACUCUUUCUUCUCCUGAGGUUCGAUUUCACAUGGAUAGCGAAACGCACGACCCCAUAGAUCUUCAGACCAAGGAGCUCAAGGAAACUAAUUCCAUGGUGGAAGAGUUUAUGUUGCUUGCCAACAUUUCAGUGGCGCAGAAGAUCUAUGAUGAGUUUUCAGAGUAUGCCCUACUGCGUAAACAUCCAGCUCCUCCUCCAGGAAAUUAUGAUAUACUGGUGAAGGCUUCAGGUUCCAAGAAUUUGGAGAUAAAAACCGACUCUGCAAAGGCUCUGGCUGACUCCUUAGACAAAGCAGAAUCAGCCGAGUUUCCCUAUUUAAACACCCUGCUGAGGAUCUUGGCUACCCGCUGCAUGAUGCAGGCAGUCUACUUCUGCUCUGGAAUGGAUAAUGAUUUCCACCACUACGGUUUAGCCUCUCCCAUAUAUACACAUUUCACCUCUCCCAUCAGAAGGUAUGCUGAUAUCAUAGUACACAGACUUCUUGCUGUAGCAGUUGGGGCAGAUUCUACAUACCCUGAUCUGACAGACAAACAAAAAAUAUCUGAAAUCUGCAAAAAUAUCAACUACAGGCACAAGAUGGCUCAGUAUUCCCAGAGAGCUUCCGUUGCAUUUCACACUCAGCUCUUCUUUAAAAACAAAGGAAUUGUGAAUGAAGAUGGAUACAUCUUGUUUGUUAGAAAAAAUGCAAUUGUGGUAUUGAUCCCAAAGUUUGGUUUAGAAGGCACAGUCUUUUUUGAGGACAAAAACAAAGGAAUAAAGCCUAGGCUACUUUACAAUGACGAGAUUCCUUCUCUGACUGUGGAAAACACGGCUUUCUAUAUGUUUGACAAAGUAAAAGUAAGAAUUUCUUUGGACGCCUCAAACAUUCAGCACCAGAAAAUACGGAUGGUCCUAGUGGAGCCUGAGAUUCCAGGUGUUACCGUAAGUGAGAAGGACCAAAAGACCAGCAAUGGCGAGCCAGUGACAAAGAAGAGCAAGUUGGCAGCAUAGAGUUCUUCAUAUUUUACAUGGCAGGGAAGUUUUAUGUACUUUUAUUAUGCAUAAUUGUUU